ACGCGCGGGGCCUAGUGGUUGCGGCUGAGGGAGUGAGCGGGUGGGUGUCGCUUUCGCUGAGGGAAAGGAAGAGGUACCCAACAUGGCGGCGGCGGCGGCCAGGAGUGAUUCUGAUGAGGAAGAAGUGGCGACAGGGGACAAGGAGAAGGCCAAGAGCGGCGAGGCGGGACCUUCGGCGCGGGAUGGGGAAGGGGGCGGCGACAGUGACGACGAGGAGGACGUCUACGAGGUGGAGAAGAUCCUGGACGUCAAAACCGAAGGCGGUAAAAUACUAUACAAAGUACGGUGGAAAGGUUAUCCACCUGAUGAUGACACAUGGGAGCCAGAACAACAUUUAGAAGACUGUAGAGAAGUACUUCUUGAGUUUCAAAAGAAAAUAGUGGAAGCUAAGCCUAAACUUGUCAAAAAGGAGACACAGAAGCUGCCUUUAAAUGAUGAUCUCUUUGAAGCAGAUUCUGAAGCAGACAGUGACUGCCAAAGUGAUGCAAAAGGAGAUAUGUCUCCAAAGAAGAAAAAGAAAAAAAAUAAAGAGAAAGAGGACAAAAGCCAUGAUGAGAUGCAAAAGAAAAAAUCUAAACCAGCAAAAUGGAAAGAGAGGCCUGGACUAGAACGUGAAAAUUCCUCUGAUAGUUUGGCUUCAGAUUCAAAACCGAAGAAAAGAACUUCAGAAUUAAAAGAGGACAUGAAAGAGUCCAAAAAACAGAGGAGGGAGGAUACAAAAGAAGCCACUAAAAAGAAGGGAGAAGUCAAAGAUGGGAAGAAAAAAUUAAAAGAGAGUAAAAGUCUGCAAAAAGGAAAACACGGUUCUCAUUUAGAUUUGGACUCCAGCACAUGGGAUGAUUCUCAAGCUGCUGACACUGAAGAUUUGGACUCAGACAGCAGUGAGGAUAAACAUAAUGUGUGUUCUGAAAAAGAGCGGUUCAAAGAGGAACGUAUGUCCUGGGUGUCAGUUCAGCAACCAGACAGUUCAUCAAGCACAGAUGAUAGCUUUGAGUUGAAAGUUAAGAGGAAGAAGAAGAAGCACAAAAAAGCUGAAGAACUUGAAGAUGGUAAAAAAGUUGACAAGCAUCUGGAGAAGAAAAGCACACACAAAAAACAGAAAGGUCCAGAGAAAGCAAAAGCCACCGCAGAGACGGACACUAGGAAGCCAGCAACUCCCGCCGCAGUGCCGAAAGGCAUGAAACUAUCAAUUGAUGAGAGAGGACACAAAUCCACUGAUUCAGCAGGGGAAGUAAGCAGUAAUGCAAAACUGAAACACAAGGAGGCAAAACAGUCCCAUGCCAAGGAUGUCCUUCAGAAGUCAACUGUCAUUGAAGGCAAAGAGAAAAAUGCAAAUUGGAGAGUUGAUGAGGAAAAAAUGAAAGAGAAACCUUCUCAUCAUCCUGUAGGGGAGAGCCUGUUUGAGAAAUUUACCCUUGAUCCUGAAUGCAGUAAAGGAGGAGCCAUGGGCAGCAAGAAAAAUAUUUCUAAAAGUGGCCUGAAUGCUGGAGAUGGCGCCCAAGAAAGAAGCACAUUAUCUAAGGAAAAAGAAAUUAAAAAAGGUGAAGCAAAGGAGAAACUUCAGAAAAGACUUGAUCCGGAAAAGGAAGAUAAGGGGAAAAAAGAACACAGGGGAUUUAAAAGUUUGAAAGAGAUCAAGAAUGCAUUUGAUGUGUUUAGCAUCUCUUCAGAAGAAAAAAAUGAAUACUCGGACAAUCGAAAAAGAGAGGAAUUGGGGCAUGAUUACAGAUCUAUAGAUGAAUUCAAAUCAAAAGACCGACAGUCAUAUAACAGGAGCACAAGAGAUGAGACAGAUACCUGGGCUUACAUUGCCGCAGAGGGAGACCGUGAGGUGACUGAAGAGAGUUCUGAUACAAAGCAACAAACUGUGAGCUUGGGCAUGGACAUGCAGUUAGAGUGGCUCUCAUUGGAGGACUUUCAGAAGCAUCUUGAUGGGGAAGAUGAGAAUCACAUUGCUGUUGAAGCAGUAUCAUCUACUCAGCUGCGAGAUGCUGUUAAAAAUGGUCAGUAUGCUACAGUAAAGAUGGCACUUAAUUCAAAUGAAGAGUAUAAUCUGGAACAAGAGGAUUCUAGUGGAAUGACUCUUGUGAUGCUCGCUGCUGCAGGAGGUCAUGAUGAUAUUCUUCGACUUCUCAUCAAAAAAGGGGCUAAAGUUAAUUGCAGACAAAAAAAUGGAACAACUGCUUUGAUACAUGCAGCUGAAAAGAACAAUCUAACUACUGUAGCCAUCCUCUUGGAAGCUGGGGCCUGCAUGAAUUUGCAGCAAAAUAAUGGUGAAACGGCUUUAAUGAAGGCCUGUAAAAGAGGAAAUUAUGAUAUUGUCCGUCUUAUGAUUGAAAACGGUGCAGACUGCAAUAUAUUAUCAAAGCAUCAGAACAGUGCCCUUCAUUUUGCCAAACAGUGUAAUAAUUUACUAGUGUAUGAACUCCUCAACAGUCACCUGGCCACGCUGUCACGAGUUGCAGAAGAUACAAUCAGGGAGUAUUUUGAAGCUCGUCUUAAUUUGAUGGAACCUGUAUUUGACAUUGCGUGCCACAGGCUUUGCGAGGGACCAGAUUAUUCUUCUGAAUUCACCUACAAACCCCCACAGACUGUGCCUGAAGGAUCUGGAAUUCUUUUAUUCAUUUUCCAUGCAAACUUCUUUGGAAAAGAGGUUGUUGCUCGGCUUUGUGGGCCUUGCAGUGUGCAAGCUGUGGUUUUGAAUGACAACUUCCAACUGCCCGUGUUUCUGCCCCGCAGAGCCAGCCAUCCUGGGAGGACAGAGCAGCUCCCUCAGCGGAUCCACCAGGAUAGUCACUUUAUUUAUUCCUUCAGUCCUAUCCCUGGUCUCAACAAACUUUUCAUAAGAUUGGUAGAAGCUCCUACUGCCAAGGUGAAGUUGCUGAUAGGUGCAUACAGAGUGCAGCUGACCUCAUGAACCUGAAAUUAUUGGUGUUAUUUUUAUUGCAAUACAUUUUCCUUUUUUCUGAUUGAACAGUUUGGAACUCCUAAUGCAUUCUGUAUAUUGCUAUUGCUACAAGCUGUUUAUUUUGACUCUUAAUUUCCUUAUGAACCAUCAUGUGAGUUAUUAGAUAGCCUGUUGAAGACACUGAAUAAGAUUGUUAUUUUGUGUAUAUAUUACUGUAUUUGUGCCAAUAACUAUAAUUCCAUGUCUAAGUUGGAGAGUCCAGACUGUAUAUCUCAACAUUUCCACAAUGUGGAAUGGUGCAAACAUUUUAAGAUAAAAUACAGUUUUUUAAAACCAAGUCCUUGUAAAGGCUAAAAAAAUUGUCCUAAUGUUUUUGCUUAUAUUUAAAUUGUCUUUUCAAAUAUGCAGAACUACAUUUGCUAUUGCUGUUAUACAGGAAGAUAAACAGUAGUUCUGUUUUCUAAAAGAUUGAUGUAACAAGGAGAAUGGGUUUAAACAUAAGCUUAAUACAAGUGAGGCUAGUGGUUGGUUGGUUGGUUCAAAAGUAUGAACAAAAACAAAAAAAACCUGGGCAGAAUUGUGAAAAUUGCCGUUCUUCAUAAAGCUUUAGAAAGUAUUGAACAGACUAGUGUAAUAGAUACAUGCUAUUUUUUUAAAGUAGACCAUAUUUAUAGAUUUAUUCUAAUCUUGUACUGCUAUGUACUGCCCUCGAUUACUUCAUCUUUUGCCCUCAUUGAUACAUUUUUAUUAUAGUUCAGUGUUAAUAAAAAUAUAAAACAUCUAA